GGAGAGGCAGAGGGGAGGGUGACUAAGUGAAUGCAGUUGGCCAUCGCGUGUUGCCGUAUCACAGCGAAGUCUACAGGCAGCCGGAUGGAUUGGACCUGAAUCAACAAAUGGAGACAGAAGAACUGGAUGUACACUACAUAUGAGGGCAAACCAAGGGAGGAUAAAGAGUCUGCCUUCAUUUCCUUUUAUCUCUGCAUCAAAUACCACCGCGAGGAACCCACAGGGAGGAAAAGGAAAACAGCAGACAACUCAUUUCUUUCUACCACCCUUGGAAGCAGACGAGCCUUGAGCUGGAAUAGAGUCAGCUGUGGGACUCACUGGGAUUUUGGAUAUAAGCUCAUGCCAGAGUGUGAGUGAGUGAGAGUGUGUGUGUGUGUGUGUGUGUGUGUGUGUGUGAGCUGAUAAUAGCAGCUCCAUUGGUAUUCAGCGGAGGGAGCUCCAGGAUCUCGCUGCGCCUUUCCCCAGGAUGGGAUCACAGAGCAGGGAUUGUGCUUGCCUGUGGAUAGCCCGCUGAAAUGGAUCUGAAGCCUUGCAGAGAUGAACUCCAAAUGGGCAGCAUGGAAGCCAGCAUACACCCUCCAGCGACUAGCUUUCCACACCUAACUGCAGCCACCAUCUCCAGCCAUCAGCUCGCACCAUCCCCGCGAGGGCUGAGCCUGCAGAGUUGAGGCUGGACUGGCCAGGCUGUGAUACCAGGAUCUAUCUGCGGGAAGCAGAGAUAAGCUGAGGGUGACAGGCCCCAAAGGGUUCGACGUACAACAAACCAAUCAACGCGCUGAGCUCCCCGGACUUCAUCUAAAAUGAAAUAGGCUGCCGUGAUGCUUGAGCAACGGUAUGGAUCUUUUGGACUUGUCCGGAUUUAUCGGCCGGAUAUCCUUUCGAGAUUACGACACUUUGGUGCACACCUCAGAGCUGAGUCCCUUUUUCCAGAUUGGCUUGUGGGCAAAAGCGAGUAAUUGAAAAUCACCCCUCGAGAGGCUCUCUGUUCUGAUUUGGUGCAAGGGUGGAGGAUUUUUAUUUUUUUUGCUUUUUGCUUUUUUUCAAAACGAACAAUUUCCAAAAAAAAACAACCCUUCUCUUUAUCCCACAAUUUCCUCUAUUUCUUUUUCACCAUCUUUCUCUCACAUUGCGGAGAAAUACAUUAUGAAGCAGCGCCAUUCUUCUUCAUCCUCCCUCAGUGACGGAGAGAGAGGAGGGACAGACUGUCCGGAAUAGAUAACAAGGAAGGAGACAGGCGCUGAGGAGAGGAGAAGGAGAGGAGAAAUAGCGAGAAAACAGCGAGAAACAGGUGGAAAAAAGAGAGAAGGAAGGAAGGAAGGAAGAGACGAAGAAAGAAACAGAGAAGGCAAAAAAGAGAAAAACAGAGAAUUAACUAGGAUUGUCUAAAAUCCUUUUGGAGACUUAGAGUCUCUUUGUAAUUCGUCUACGCCGUGUUGGAGGGUAGUUAGCAGCAUGGGCUGGGGAGGGUUCAGGAUUUGCAACAGGAACGGGGAGACUUGAGCAGGGAACUAGUGUUGUGCCCUGUCUGCAUCUGCCUGGUCAGUAUUUUCGUUUUUGGGAGAAGGACACGCUAAAAGACUGAAAUAACCUGGUAAACAGACAGCUGUACUGAAUGACAGACAAGCUCAGAGGUUGAUGAGACAGACAGACCGGAAGAUAGACAGACAGGUACACAGCCUAAGUGUCAGGCAGAGAGCCAGGCAGACAUCCAGUGCUGGCACAGUAGACAGCGUGCAAUUCAUUGUCAUUCUAUGCAGCGCGUGAGGGGAAGGCAAAGAGAAGGAAAGAAAGAAGAAGAGUAUCCCUGUGGUUGUAGCUUCUGGAGAAUCUCACUUCAUCUGCAUCCACCUCAGACCAUACGGUCUGCGAGCCCGUGCACUAAAAAAACAAGCUGUGAGAGUGGGGGCUGUUACUAGAGAGGAAAUACAGGUUGGAGAAAAGGAGGGCUGUAGGAAGGCAGGCAGAGAAACAGAGGGAGAGAGCAGGUGUCGGAAAUCCUCCCCUUCAUCUGCUUGUCAUUUACUCCUUUAUGCUCUCUCGUCGUCUGGCGCGGCGAUUGGUUUUCUGAUGCCGGCGUUCUCCUGCUUAUAGGCCUAUCUGCAAUCCCUCGGAAAACAAGAGGUGGGCAGACAGAGGAAAACAAACAAACAAGAGAAAAAAAGACUGCGAAAAGGAAAAGGUGGCGCCCUUUUUGAUUGACUAAUUUUUCACCCCUUCUUUUUGUUAUUUGUCAAGACGGGCCUGCUUUAUUGUUUUUUUUUUGUUGUUUUCUUUCUUUAAGUAAGAAGGGAAAACACAAAGCCCAAUCAAUCCCUCAUUCUCUUGUGCACACAGAACUGAACCUUUCUUUUCAUGAAUUGCUGGCUUUUUUCUUGCCGUCUUCAAUAGGGAUUAUCUCCUCCAUCUGACUAUAAACUCCGGAUUUCCCCAGAUUCCCUCCACAUGUCCUCACUCCCAAUAACACAGCGUGAACUCCUCUGACUCUCCCUCAGCACCCCUUGGCAAAGGUGCUAAAACUCUGCGCUCUCAGAUCUUGAUGCCCAUGUUGACUCACUACUACGGCGAUAAUAUGGCACAGAGCUUCUGAUACCACCUGAUUCAUUCUGUGGUGGUACAGGCAGCCAGCAGACCAUUCUCCAUGAGGAGCAGUAGAAGAUGCCGGCUCUGCCAGCACUGCUGCUGUCAAUACACUUCCUCUCCUUCCUGCUAGUCACCAUGCCACCACGCUCCCUCGGUCAGGCUCCCUUGCUCUCGUCCGUCCGCAUGGCGGCGAUCCUGGAUGACCAGUCUGUUUGUGGCCGCGGGGAGCGGCUGGCGCUGGCCCUGGCCAGGGAGAACAUCAACAGUGUGAUGGAGGGUCCGUCUCGAGCCCGAGUGGAGGUGGACAUAUACGAGCUGCAGAAAGACUCCCAGUAUGAGACCACUGACACCAUGUGUCAGAUUCUGCCCAAAGGCGUCGUCUCUGUGAUUGGUCCCGCCUCCAGCCCCGCCUCUGGCUCCACUGUCAGUCAUAUAUGUGGGGAGAAAGAGAUCCCUCAUGUAAAAAUUGGGCCAGAGGAAACUCCCCGCUUGCCGUACCUGCGCUUUGCCUCCGUAACUCUGUACCCUAGCAACGAGGACCUGAGCCUGGCCAUAGGAUCCAUCUUGCGCUCGUUCAGCUACCCCUCUGCCAGCCUGGUCUGCGCCAAGGCUGAGUGCCUGUUGAGAUUGGAGGAACUGGUCCGCCGCUUUCUUAUCUCUCGGGAGACGCUGUCAGUCAGGAUGCUGGAUGACAACCUGGACCCCACACCGCUGCUGAAGGAGAUCCGUGAUGACAAAGUGGCCACCAUCAUCAUCGACGCCAAUGCUUCUGUCUCCUAUCUCAUCCUUAAGAAGGCAUCGGAGCUCGGGAUGACAUCAGCAUUUUAUAAGUACAUCCUCACCACCAUGGACUUCCCGCUACUGAGACUGGAUGACAUAGUGGAUGAGCAAUCCAACAUCGUGGGUUUCUCCAUGUUUAACACCACCCAUCCCUUCUACUUGGAGUUCAUCAGGAGCCUCAACCUCUCUUGGAGGGAGGGCUGUGACCUAACGUACCCCGGGCCUGCGCUCUCGUCGGCGCUGAUGUUUGAUGCAGUGCAUGUGGUGGUGGGGGCGGUGAGGGAAUUGAACCGCAGUCAGGAAAUUGGAGUGAAGCCACUCAGCUGCACCUCACCUCAGAUCUGGCAGCACGGGACCAGUCUUAUGAACUACCUGCGCAUGGUGGAGUACGAUGGUCUGACAGGGCGAGUGGAGUUCAACAGCAAAGGUCAGAGAACCAACUACACCCUGCGGAUCCUGGAGAAGCACAGAGGGGGCCACAAAGAGAUCGGGAUCUGGUACUCGAACAACACCCUGGCAAUGAACUCCACCAGUCUGGAUAUUAAUGUCUCAGAGACUCUAGCAAACAAGACCCUCAUUGUCACCACCAUACUGGAGAACCCAUAUGUGAUGCGGAAAGACAACUACCAAGACUUCCAGGGCAACGACCAGUAUGAGGGCUUCUGUGUUGACAUGCUGAGGGAACUGGCAGACAUCUUGAAAUUCUCUUUCAAGAUCAAGCUGGUGGAUGAUGGGCUGUAUGGGGCUCCAGAGCCCAAUGGCUCUUGGACUGGCAUGGUUGGAGAGCUAAUCAACAGAAAAGCAGACCUGGCCGUGGCAGGCUUCACCAUCACAUCGGAAAGAGAGAAAGUUAUCGACUUCUCUAAGCCGUUUAUGACCCUGGGGAUCAGCAUCUUGUACAGAGUUCAACUGGGUCGGAAGCCGGGUUACUUCUCCUUCCUCGAUCCUUUCUCUCCAGCUGUCUGGCUCUUCAUGUUGCUCGCCUACCUGGCUGUCAGCUGUGUGCUCUUCCUGGCUGCAAGAUUAAGCCCCUACGAGUGGUACAACCCUCACCCGUGCCUGCGAGAGCGCAGAGACAUGCUGGAGAACCAGUACACCCUCGGAAACAGCCUGUGGUUCCCUGUUGGAGGCUUCAUGCAGCAGGGAUCAGAGAUAAUGCCCAGAGCCUUGUCCACCAGAUGUGUUAGCGGGGUGUGGUGGGCGUUCACUCUGAUUAUCAUCUCCUCCUACACGGCCAACCUGGCGGCCUUCCUGACCGUCCAGAGGAUGGAGGUUCCCAUCGAGUCUCCGGACGAUUUGGCCGACCAGACCAACAUAGAGUACGGCACCAUCCACGGAGGGAGCACCAUGACUUUCUUCAUGAACUCCAGGUACCAGACCUACCAGCGGAUGUGGAACUACAUGAACUCAAAGCAGCCGAGCGUAUUUGUAAAAAGCACAGAGGAGGGCAUCGCCCGUGUGGUCAACUCAAAGUAUGCCUUCCUGAUGGAGAGCACAAUGAACGAGUACCACCGUGGCCUCAACUGUAAUCUCACGCAGAUAGGAGGCCUGCUGGACACCAAGGGUUAUGGCAUCGGCAUGCCACUGGGGUCUCCGUUCAGAGAUGAGAUCACACUGGCUAUCCUCCAGCUGCAGGAGAAUAACAGGCUUGAAAUACUGAAGAGGAGGUGGUGGGAGGGAGGCCAAUGUCCAAAAGAGGAGGACCACCGUGCCAAGGGUCUGGGCAUGGAGAACAUUGGGGGCAUCUUCGUGGUGCUGAUAUGUGGCCUCAUUAUUGCCGUGUUCGUGGCCAUUAUGGAGUUUGUGUGGUCGACACGACGCUCGGCAGAGACUGAUGAGGUAUGCCCCCAUACCUGCCCUCGCCGACCCCACAGACACACCCCAGUGUCUGUCUGUCAGGAGAUGAUCACAGAGUUCCGAAACGCCGUCUCCUGUAAGAAGAGCUCCCGCAUGCGCCGCCGUCGGCCCCUGAGCAGCUCAGCAGCCUUGAGGCAUCCCACCCGCAUUGCUCUCGGAGCCCCUCGGCCCCUGCGCCUGGUGCGGGAGAUGCGGCUCAGCAACGGCAAGCUGUACAGCGGAGCUGGCCCCCUGACGGGUGGAGCCGGAGGUGGAGCAGGAGGGACAGCACCGCCAGAUCUGGGCCCUGGGCCCCAACGUAUCCUAGAUGACCCACUGGGAGCAAACACCACCCCGCCUCCACCUGCCCCCACCCCAGUGAUGCUGCCCGCCCGCAGCUGCACCCACGUGAGGAUCUGCCAGGAGUGCCGAAGGAUCCAGAGCCUGAGAUCAAGCAGCACUAUAGGAUCAACCUCAACAAGAAUACCACCUUCAUCUGCCCCCCUUCCCCGGCUACCUCCGCCCCCACCCCCGUCCUCUUCCAACACAGACAGUGAGGGCGGAGGGGGGCCGAGCCCAAGGCGGCUACAUCACAGCCCCCCGCCUCAUACCCCUCGACCCAUCCCACCUCCACAGAGCAGCAACAAGACAGACCUACUUGGGGACCAGGAGUGAGAUCAGAAACAUUUGGGGGGAGGGGGAUGAGAGGCCUGUAGUGAUGUGAGCUGGGGACAUUUGUGCUGCUUAGAGAAAUACUGUUUCCACAAGUGAAAUUCAUCUGAGAACAAAACAUGGGAGAAAAAAACAAAACAUUGACUUUAACCAGAGCAGCAGCUAGCGGAGGUCUGCAGAUGGAGAACUGUCUGAAAGACGAUCAUCAGUUAAGCUUGUCUGGACAAAUGAGAGGAAUUGCACAUGACCAGAUGAUGGUUUCCAUUCAUCUCCUUUUGUCUCCUCAUUCCUCUCUCACAUCACCGUCAGGCUCAAGGGUGCCCCCCACCCCUCCGGAAGCUAAUUAGCCCUUUAGCAGAAUGAAGCCUUGCUGGAGGACAUACCGUAUUCGUAUGAGAUUUAAAACAGCAACUAAAAGACUUCCAGAGAAUUAUUUCCUGUUGUUUUUUUCUUUUGUUGUCUUUGUUUUGUUACCAUUGUUCUAAGUGGAAAUUUCAGAGUUAAAUACAGACUAUGUGUGACAAUAUGGAUUAUACAUUACAGAAGCGAUGGCUAAUUGUGUUUGAGAGUUUUGUGUCCCUCCCUGUGCCCCUUAGCUGCUUUUUGGACGGGAAGUUGAAUGAAACUACUUCAAAACAUCCUAAUGCAAACAGUAGCAGAAAAAAAUGUUGGUCUGCCUUUCUUUACAGUGUGUGUGUGUGUGCAAAAUCUGUGCUUCUUGUAAGACUGUCUCUAACUGCUCAAAUGAGAAAAACCAUGUACCCAGCAACAGUACCCUUCUACCAGUGUUAGAUAAUCAGACAGCCACAAGAAAAUGGACAGAGAGAGAGAGAGACAGAGAGAGAGAGAGGCUUUGAAAUGUGAAAUUAAUGUCCCUCGUUAUCCCGGGUAACGCUUGCCAAGCCUUUACUCCUUUUUCACCUCUGUUCACCCAGCGUAGACGAGAUAGAGAGGCCGGACGAGCCAGCAACAUAGAGACAAGAUAGAGAAUAACUGAAAGAGAGGAGAUAGAGAGUGAAAAGGACACUACUGAAUUUGAAUGAGAAAUCCCCCACUGAACCACUUCCAUUAUUAGAUCUGUCCUGAUCUGUUAAUUCUGGGCAUCUUUUAAGGGCCUUGUUAAUGCGCCAGCAGGCUGUAGCUGCAGCUUCUUUCCUUCCCUCUCUGUUCAGCAGACCGACUUGGCCGUCCGCAGAAGCGGCUGCUGCCAGACUGAUAGACUCAACGCGGCCUUGUCAAUACUGUCUCAAGCUUUUGAUCGCCUAAUUACUCCCCUCGGUGGCUGGGGACUCAUUGAGGAAGUAGUGAACACAGGCAAACGUGCUGAUAAAUAGGGUUUGUAGAAAUACACGGUUUUCACUGUGGGAAGAGAGCUGGGAAGAGAAUCUCAUCUGUUUUAUUUUUAUCAUUGCAGCCCUAAAGUUGGGUUCAUAUACGUUUGGAAACUGAUUAUUUUUUUCAUUUUAGCUGUUUAUCAAAACGCAUUCAAGUUAAAAUGAGCAGAAAGGGCUGACUUUAAUGUGGUGGUAUUCAUUCAGUUUGGAGGAAGAAUUACAUUUUCUGUACGCGUGUAUUCAGAAUCAGAAUCAGAAUCACUUUAUUAAUCCCAAGAGGAAAUAAGUUCUCGUUACAGCAGCUCCUACUCAAAGUGUACCAGUCUAGGCAAUAAGAAUAAGUAAGAAUAAGUAGGGCUGCAAUGACAAUUGGACAAAUAAAAAUCCUUUAAAAGCCUCAAGUGUAGAAAGUUGCCAGAAAAUAUCUGUUCUGGGAGAGCAUUGUUUGGAGAGUUGAACCUCAGAUCAUCCUGUACCAGAAUGAAUUAUAACAGUGUCUUGGAACGGCUCAUGAUUCAAAGCAUACAACAUCAUCUGUGAAACACAGUGGAGGCAGACUGCCAAUGGCAUUGGAUCACUAGUGUUUAUUUAUGAUGUGGCAGAAGCGGCCAGAUUAAUUCUGAAGUGUAUAGGAUUUACUCUCUGCUUAGAUUAAACCAAGUGAAGCACAGAUGAUCGGGCAAUGCUUCACUGUACGGAUGAACAAUGACCUAAAACUUACUGUGUAAACCACCCAGAUGUGCUGAAAGACAACGCUAAGAUUAAGACCCAUGGACAACAAACAACUGAAUACAGCAGCAGGAAAGACUUGACAAGCUAUCACAAUGGAGGAACUCCAUUCAUUGGUCCAGAGUUCGUACUUUCUUGCCUCCAAAGCUUAUUUGUCAUAUUACGUUUGGUGCUCUAAUCAUUGGGGACCGUGUCUGGAAAUGGUUAUAAACCCUACUUCUUUCCUCCUGUCAGAAUGUAAAUACCAUCAAAUUAAAGACGAGAGGCAGCUUAAAAAUCCACUUCAUUGAACAACACAAAUCGUGUCAGUGUUGAAACAUAUAUGAGUCUCACUGUACAUACGUAAGGGUCUUUAAUGAGAACACACCAGUGGAUGUGCACGUGUUUGCCCUUUUUCUUAAAACUGUAAACACUUCACAUUACUACUAAAUAUUUGUCAUAAUAUGUUAUUUUUAAACCACUUUUGAACCACCCAGCAGCCACUGCUUUCAAACCAAGUCAUUGUCUAAAAUCAAGAUGGUAGAUUACAGCAAAUAUUAAAAAGCUAUAAGCUAUAUAUUUUUAUAUUUUUGUAGUUGUUAGGAAAUCAAUUGAAAUGACACAAAAAUUAACUUAAAGUAAUUCAUUAUAUGGAGGGUAUUUGCCUGAGAUACUGUUGAGUCGGGGGACAUGUUCAUUUAUUACAUGACAGUCAUUUUUUGUUUUGCCAGAACUAAUUUGUGCCACAAAAUAAUUUCCAAUAAAUCCCAAACUGACUGCUGUUUCGCUGGAACUAAAGUGCUCUGCUGUUUUAAUGUUGCAGCAGAAUAUACUUGUGCCAGAUUUAAAGGUUUGUGUUUUCAUUCGAAGCAUAAUAUAGAUCCUCCGACAGCAGCACUUUGUUGGCAGCUCAAUCAUCAUAUUCAUCCAAAUGCAGCCCUGGCCUUGUUGCAGUUUGAGGACAUGAAUCUGAUUAGUUUUGUGUCCAUGACAAAAGAAUGAAAUGGAAUCAAAUUAUUCACUUGAACGCACGAGACACCAGGCGUGUUCGUCUGGGGCUUUGUCUUAGUUCUCUUUAAUCAUUUGUACACAUUAUUAAAUGAUGCUGCCAUAGGAGUAAAUGUAACUCUGUUGAACAGCAUUGUGUUUGCAUGGCUUUUAAUGCAGACACAUCAGUCCUACAAUGACAUGUUGAUUUCUCAUUGCUGUCAUAUAAUGUAUUAGUAUUUCUGCAGGUCACUGACUCAGCAGUAUUCAUGGUACCUGUUACCUGAUCAAUUUCCAAAAACAACACUUAGUUAUUGUUCAUGUUUUGUUCAGUUUUAUACACACAUAAUUAGAUUCAUGUAAUUAAGUUUAUCUGGUUGGUGAGGUAGUAUUGAGGGAAAACUGGCUUAAUUUACAUGGACACUGGCACAUAGUGCAUUUCUCUAAUAAUCAGAAUAACAGGCUCAUGUAACCACCCCCUUUGGAACAGACUGGCUCAAACAGUAAAUAAGAAAAUAUAAGCACCUAACAAACAUUUAAACGCUUGAGAUGAUCCUUUCUCUCUUGGUAGAAUAAAUACUUUGGGUGAGUUUUUGUGAGAGACAUAAACGUGGCAGUGACAAACAAGAUGUAGCUGAAGAAAGCCAGAAUCAGUGUGGACAACGGCAUUGAUGUGUAUGUCCAUCUUCAUCGUGUUUAUAUGUUGAAUGUAUUCAGUACAUUUUGGGAACAGAAAAUAUUCUGUUGUAUUUCUGGCAGAUUUGCCACACAGUGGGAAGAACCACACUGUGCAUGUGAAAAAACUGUGAUGUUUUGAGGGAAUUAAGUAGGUAAAUGCAUACAUCUUGUCAGAUUUUUCCCUGCAAUCUACAACCAGGAUAAUUUAGAUGGUUUAACUCGUAAGCAUCAGGCUAUAUAUGACAUAUAUGAGGAGUUGCAACUGCAGCAACUAGGAUGUGGUCCCUCUCUGGCCUCCUGCCCACCCAUAUCCAGCACUAACACAAAGUGUGAAGUAGCAUGAAAAGCCACCAGUCCACCCUCUACAAAUUCCUCAUGCCGGCAUGGUUGUCCAGGCUAACAUUGCUCUGUUGUAUAAAAUGAUGCAUACUGGGGUAAGGCAGAUUUGUCAACGCUGCUGCGCUCCAGAUAAUGAGCGAUAAUGUUGUCGCACAAUGUUUGCACACAUUAUGCAUUUUCUCUGAGUGAUUGUUGUCAGCAGAAGCACGUUUGAUGUGAUGCCUCUCUCUCUCUCCGUUUACUUCUGCUUUUGUGACCAGAAUCCUGACGAGACAACACGAGCCAACCUUUACAUACACGCAAACACAAACAUACUCAUCCACCACAUCACUGACUCCUUUGUUGUCUAAAGUCUGUAAACCCACUGGAUGUUUUUGUAUUUUUUUUUGUAUUUGUCUUUAGAGUUUCUUUAUUGCAUUGUCCAAAUGAAUUCUCAAAUCUUGAAAUGUGACAGCACCACAUAGCUGGUAGGCAGCUAUCAACAGCUUUAAACCAUCAGCUGCAUCAGCUUGCCUCUCCACAGCUUCCCCGCUAUUUGGGAGGCAAGAUGAUCGAAUGAACCCUCACAAGCCGAAAUAUUACUUGUGCGAAUCUAAAGGGGAAGGGAGGGUCACAAAACAAGUCGAAGGUGGGGUGUCUGAUGUGUUACUCCACAAAACAAACAAACAUUUAUUUACUUUUAUGUUCUUUCCUUUGGUAUUUUUUUUCAUAUUUCUAUACUAGUGCUGAAUGGAUUAUUGAAACUGAUGAUUAUUAAAUUGAUUAAAUUGUUAUUAUUCCUAUGGAGCGAGAGGCUCUAUAGUGUGCUUGUGGGUGAAGGGUUGGGGAAGGGAUGAAGGUGCAGCGAUGUUCUUCAGAGAGGCCGCCCUGUUGUUCAAACCUAUAGACACACAAAACUCUUUUGGAAUAAAAUUAUUCAAACAGUC